AUAUAUGUUCAUGUUUGAUGGACCACGGUGAGGUGCCUAUUACUGUCUGCUCUCGCCAGCCACCCCUAAGGCCCUAAUAAUAUCCAGUUCCACUCCAAAAGGCAAUUGUAGAAUACAAAUGUAUGGCUCUUUCAAGGAAACAUUGCUAGUUGGAGUUUACCACUGGCGACCUUGCCAAACUCCUCUGGGUCGUGUUAAUCAAGCUGGCACGAUGUAGAUUAGAAGGAAUGCAAGCCACGAUACUACCUUAGGCUUUGAAUUUUGUUUAAUCGGUAGCCUUUUGAAUAUUUUAAUAUACCACUUAAUUGACCUGCGUAUAUGCUCAUUGACAUUUGACACUGGAUGGUGUGGGAACUUAGUCGAAUAAUCUUAGUUGCGUAUAAUCAGAGGUUUCUCAAAAAUGAUUGAACUAAAGCAUAUCAUCUCAUAAUGCCCGGGGUGAAUUCUAAACCAGGAAGUAAACUCAAGAAAAGGACUGUUAUGUAUUUCUUUCUUUUUUUCAAACGUAUUCUGUAUUUCUUCUCAAUGGAAAAUUAUCUUCGACGAAAGGGGUAAGAUAGCAGCUACCUAGAGUCAAAAGAUUGACAUAAGAAACUCGCAGGUCCAGCCACCAAACAAACCAUCCCUAUCAGAUAUUAAAUUACAUCAUCGAACAAUUUAAUUGGAUAGACUAGUAUGUCCCUAUACUUGCUCACUAAGAUACAUGGCGCCCCCGAAUAAAUCCAAUACUGAGUCUCUUGAGGAUAAUCCGAUUCUCCCCUGUGCACUAGCUCUCCACGCCAACCACGUUUUUACUAUUUUGUAAUCCUUACCAUCCGUUUCUUUCACCAAACGUUUCAUCCCUUCAUUUUCACCCUCACAAGGGGCGGAAAGACGAAUAUGCCCUUUCCUUAUUACCCUCAACUGUACUCGUGUACUAUUCCAAGUUUGCCACAAUUUAGUAAUCUCCGAUUGCCAUUCUAUUCCAAAAACUUGGUUUAACUUCAGCACAAUAGAAGUCCAAAACAGGAUUCCAGAUGUCACCAGCCAUGAUCAGAGGACUACUUUUUCUUCUCGUUAUCACCGUCGCGUCCAUCACUUCCGGUGCUCGAGCAUCAAGAUCCAUCGUUUUCUUGCCCCAGCCUUUAUCAUCCCUCGACAUAAUCAACACCACUUCGAACCAGAACGCCCGCUGUUCAUUUACGGUGAGCAUUAGGACAAGCUGCUCUUCUCCCGCACUCACCAGAGACCAAAUUAGUCUAGCCUUUGGUGAUGCUUAUGGAAAUCAGGUUUAUGCACCGAGGUUAGAUGAUCCGUCAAGCAGGGCUUUUGAGCGGUGUUCGAGGGAUACAUACACAGUAUACGGUCCGUGUACGUAUCAGAUCUGUUAUGCGUACCUCUACAGGAGUGGAUACGAUGGAUGGAUACCGUAUGAUGUUACUAUCUACGGCUACCACACCAAAGCUGUCACCUUCACCUACAAUGUUGGCAUCCCUAGCGACACUUGGUACGGUCAUAAUUACUGUCGUUCACGCGCUGUAAAAUCUGCACAGAACUUGGGCUGGAGCUUGCUUUCUAUCGGUUCCACUAUGUUGUACACAAUUGCUGGCCUGUUUCGUGGUUAGUUUUGGGCCUUUCUGUUUGUAUCUGAUUUGGGCCUUGUCCAAUUGGAACACUUAGUUUGCCUAAUUUGUGUCUUGUAAUAAACAAAUGCUACUUACAAGGGUUGCCCUUCCAUAAAGCAAGUAAAACAACCGCUUUAGGCCCCAUAUUUGUGGGGGUUCGA